UAAUAAUUUCUUCUCUCUUCCUUAUUUCCUGCUAUGGAAACUCAUCCCAAUUUUGCAUCAGUGGCAGGAUGUAGCAGUGAGGAACGUUCCAGUCAGACAGUUGCAGCAGAUCUAGAAGGCACUCUCCUACUGUCAUCAAGCUCUUUCCCUUACUAUCUCCUCAUCGCUCUCGAAGCUGGAAGCCUGCUAAGAGCAAUUAUACUUCUCUCAUCACUACCUGUCGUCUACUUGGUGUCCAUUUUUGUCUCGGAGGCUGCGGCAAGUAAGCUGAUUAUUUUCAUAGCCUUUGCUGGACUCAGGUUGAGAGAUAUUGAACUUGUCUCCAGAUCCGUCUUGCCUAGGUUCUAUGCAGAUGAUGUCCAUCCAGACACUUGGCCAGUGUUUGAUUCGUUUGGGAAAAGAUACAUAAUUAGUACCAGUCCUAGAGUCAUGGUCGAACCGUUUGCCAAGAUGUUUCUGGGGGCUGACAAAGUUCUGGGCACAGAGUUACAGAUCACAGGGACAGGCAGGGCUACUGGUUUCGUUGCAAAACCUGGACUUAUGGUGGGACGGCAGAAAAGCGAUGCCGUGAUAAAGGAAUUCGGCUCAAAUUUACCCGACGUUAGUCUUGGAGAUGAAGCCUCUGAUCACCCUUUCAUGGUCUUGUGCAAGGAGGGUUACAUGGUGCCAAAAACUGAGUGCCAGCCACUACCAAGAAAGAAGCUCCGAAGCCCAGUCAUAGUCCAUGAUGGCCGGUUGGUUCAAAGACCGACUCCAUUAGUUGCCCUCUUAACCUUCUUAUGGAUCCCAAUCGGGGUUCUUCUCUCCUUUGUACGCCUCUUUCACAGCGUACCUCUGCCAAUGAGCAUCGUCCACUACACUUCCCGCCUAGUUGGGGUAAAGCUCAUAAUCAACGGUACCCCUCCACCCCCACCGGCAAAGGGCAGAAGCGGAGUCCUCUUCGUCUGCAAUCACCGCACGGUUGCUGACCCUCCUAUGAUAGCGGCCGCACUGGGAAGAAACCUUAGUUGUGUUACGUACAGCAUAAGCAAAGCCACAGAGUUGAUUGCCCCAAUUAAAGCUGUUGCCUUGACGAGAGACCGGGGUGAAGAUGCUGCUCAAAUCAAGAAGCUUCUCGAAGAAGGCGACAUCGUGGUUUGUCCCGAAGGCACUACUUGUAGGGAACCGUUUCUGCUGAGGUUCAGCCCUCUAUUCGCUGAAUUGACCGACAGGAUUGUGCCGGUGGCGGUCAAGGUGAGGCAGAGCAUCUUCUACGGGACGAGUGCUCGUGGGUACAAGUUGCUGGACCCUUACUUUCUGUUCAUGAACCCUGUGCCGGCUUUCGAGAUCACGAUUUUGGAUCAGCUGCCAAAGGAGAUGACCUGUGGAGGUGGCAAGUCAGCAAUUGAGGUUGCCAACUAUGUGCAGAGGGUGCUUGGGGAUGCUUUGAGGUUUGAUUGUACGAGGUUGACUCGCAAGGAUAAGUAUGCGCUGCUUGCCGGAACGGAUGGGAGCGUCGAGCAGUCGCCGAAGAAGGAAUGAGAUGUGUGAGGAGUUUUUACAGCGUGUGGGGUGUAAUUUUUAGUAAUUUAACUUUGGGGGGAUACUUGUAGAUCAAGAAUAAAGAUGUGGUAUUUACAUAUUUGAACAAUAAUGAGGCCUUUUGGUUUGCCUUUCUUGGUCGUGACGUUUGUUUCCUCGACUAUUCAAUCAGGAAGGUGGUUGUUGUUUCCUCCAAGUGGGAGGGCUAAAGGGAGCUUUGUUCCGUAUUUCACUGUACGUUUUUACGAUCUGUAUAGUAUUUACUAAUUGUACUUAUAUAUAAAAAAGGCAGGAUGCAAUCGUGAGAA